AUGCAUAUCCCCACUUUCGGUCAGGUUGCCACCCUCGGCAUGGCUUUCUUCGCCGUCGCCGCCCUGGCUGCUCCCGUCGCCGAGCCCCUUGAGGCCGACCUCGUCGAGACCCGUGGCGAGGGUAUCUCGGCCUUCACUGGCUCCGUCAACGCCCUCGAGCAGCGCAACAGCAAGAAGAAGUGCAAGCGCACCAACAAGAAGGGCAACUGCACCGACUCCGACUCCGACUCGGACAACGACCACAAGAAGAAGAACAAGAACAAGAAGUGCAAGCGCAACAGCAAGGGCGACUGCUCCGACUCUGACUCGGACAACGACAAGAAGAACAAGAAGUGCAAGCGCAACCUCAAGGGCAAGUGCGAGGACGACAAGAAGAACGACAACAAGGACGACAAGAAGAACAACGACAAGGACAACAAGGGCGGCUACAAGGGCUACUAA